AUGGGUAAGUAUUUAAUUAUGGAAGAAAGACUAAAGAUUUACUUUCAACUUUGGAAUAAAACAAGUAAAAACUCACUCAAACCCAUGCACACAUAUUCACCCAAUACGUCUUUGAACAAUCCUGAGUAUUUAAUUGCAAGACUCUCCGGUUUAACAAUCGCUGAAGCGAAAGAUGCUCUCAUUUUAGCUGAAGAAAUAAAUUAAAUUAAAUUGCUUAAGGUCUUCCAGAUUUGAUGCCUCCCUACACUUCCGACCGCUAGACCUUGAUUGCGCGGGGUAACAUCAGUUGCCUGAGCCCAUCAGCAGCAGCUUUCUCACAGGACUAAAUACUUGCACUACGUCCCUGGGUUUCGAUGAAUUAGAAAGACCCCUCGUGCUGAACGUCUUUCAGGUGGUAUGGAGGCAAAGGUUAGCCGAUGCCCUCUGUUUGCCACUUUUAGGUGUGGUGGCCCUCCGGAACCGGCAGGAAAAGAACCCUCUUGCCCAAAACCCAUCCAAUAAUCAAACAUAGGCUGGGUUAGCCACCAUCUGACUCUCAAGGUCACCAACCCAAUACGGCCGCUAUACAGUUAGCCUAAGGUUAGAAUCAAGGGGCCUAGACCUUGGUUUAGGCUACAAAGCGGUGCAUUGGUGACAUUGAUAUAUUUUGUCGCACCACUAUAUUAAUGAUUAAAGAAAUAAGGAAAGCAGGAAUUGAAAAGGUAAUGGCUAAAUGGGCAUUGUUAGGACAAAAAUUAAGUUGUACAUCUAUUUCUCAUAAAAGAUGAAAAGGUAAAAACUCCAUAUGUAGAGACUCUCAACCAAUUAAAAGACCGAGGAUGUAG